ACACCCAUACAGACGCGCGCGCGCACGCAGCAACCUCCCACUCGCAUCUCGAUCGUUACGCACACAGCCAGGCCGGGAAAGGACGACCCAGGAAUAAAGAAAGAACAAACCCAAACCGCCUCCCCCGACUCCCACCCAGUGUGCAGUUUUUUUGUUUGUUUGUUUGUUGGUGAAACUCUCGCGUCCUUUGCGCCCGUGAAACCCCUCUCUCGCGCCCACAGCGUUUAAAUGAGUGAUAUAAGCCAGAAAUGUUUCGGCAAAAAUGGUGGAUUUUCUAUAAGCUUUAAUCAAGACUAUACAUCGCUUUCCGUGGUAUCCAGGACGGGAUAUCGAUUGUUUUCGUUAGCAUCCGUUGAUCGUGUCGAUGAAAUAUUCUGCAGCCAUGACGAGGAUACAAAGAUCGCCGAGCGGCUGUUCAGCAGCAGCCUCGUUGCGGUUGUUACCGCAAGUGAACCGAACAAGCUUAAGGUGUGUCACUUCAAGAAGGGUGCGGAGAUCUGCAACUACGGCUACCCGUCGGAGAUCCUGUCGGUGAAACUGAACCGUUCCCGGCUGGUGGUAUGCCUCGUGGACAGUAUUUACAUUCACAACAUCCGUGAUAUGAGACUGCUACAUUCCAUCAAGAACAUGGCACCGAACCCGAGCGGGUUGUGCACGCUGUCGCUGUUGUCGCAUCUCGCCUAUCCGGUUUCGACCGAGUGCGGUGAGCUGCAGAUCUUCGAUGCGGCCAACCAGCUCCGUCGGUUGAAGCUGAAGGCGCACGAUUCGCCGCUGUCCGCGCUCAGCUUCUCGUACAACGGUGUGUUGCUGGCGACGGCCUCCGAGAAGGGCACCGUAAUUCGGCUGUUUUGUGUGAAGAACGGCCAGAAGGUGCACGAGUUCCGUCGGGGCGUGAAGCGGCAUGUCAGCAUCGGUUCGCUGAAUUUCAGCACGUGCGCGAGCUUCGUUGUGGCGAGCUCGAACACGGAAACCGUACAUAUCUUCCGGAUCGAUCCGAAAGCGAUCGAGCAGGCGGAACGGCGCCAGAGCAUUGCGGUUGAGGCGGGCACUGUCGUCGGUGGUGGGACCAGCUCGAGUGAUGAUGAUGAGGCACAUGGAGCUGGUGAUCCUGCUGUGUCCUCUGGUGGCUGGGGUAUGGGCUUCCUUGCGAAGGCCGUCACUAGCUAUCUGCCGACGAACGUCGUGACGGAUGUGUUCACGCAGGAUCGCGCGUACGCCACGAUACAGCUGGCUGAGGCGGGCCUGCGGUAUGAGUGCGUGAUGGCGAAGCUGGAGAAGGAAACGCGCAUGCUGUUGGCCUGCGAGGAUGGCUUCCUGUACAUCUACAGCUUCGAGGAUGCGAAGGGCGGCGAGUGUAAGCUUAUUCGCGCGCAUGAUCUCCGUACGCCACUGCACGGCAUCACCGAGGUUGACAUCGUUGGGAACGAGAACGAUGAGAACACGAACAGCCUGAAUGUGAACAUGACGAAGUCGAUGUUGCCCGCUCCUGGUACGUACGCGGGUGUCCUGAAAGGACGCCCAGCCGACAGGAUGUCAGCAGACUCCGACUGGUGCCACGAUCUGCGCGAAGCCGUCGAAUACCCGGUCAAGGUGACGGUGCCGAUCUACGACGAGAUGCAGUUCCCACCGGUCACUCCGAUCACGGUGGAAUGACUAGGUUCGUCCGGCACAAUGCAACCGUCCCGUGGCGACCAUCUGCCAACGAAACUGCGAACGCCUGGCAAAUCGGGCCCAGUCACCUCGAAGGGAUGCAAGGGUUAAGAACGGAAGCUGAUUUGAUGGAGCGGAAGGAGAACGCAGAAAAAAGGAACAGAAAAAAGGAUUGCCCAUGCUAAACCGCGGCUGAUAUGACGAUAGAAUGAGCGUGAUGGUUGACUUCUUCUUCUAAAACAAACAAAAAAAAACCGGCAAAGAUCCGCUUGGUACCGUUGAUGUUUUUAUUUUCUUUAAUUUAUUUUUAUGCCACUUCCUCUAAGAUAGAACUCUAAGGGUAACGAACGGGCCAGCGACGUGUGUGUGGGCGCCUGCGAGUGGAAAAUAUUCUACUGCUUUCUGCAGUCGAGCUUUUUCAAUCUCCAACUGUUGGGCCAAUCAUUUUCAAGGGUUGAAAAGAAAAAUCAAACUUUCCCGUCACCGUCAUAGAAGCGAACGUCCCGGUUACGGAAAAGCCUACGUGUAAUUGUUAUUUCUUUUCUUUAAACAAAAAAAAAAUAUGCAUGCAUAUAUUUAAUGGUAUCGUACCACUAACGGGUGCAGUUAUUGCGAGAGAUACAACAACAGAAUAGUUCAAAACCGAACGCGAACCAUGCUGUGUGCAACGUUUAAUUUCAUAAACAUAGUGCUACCGUGCGGUAGUAUGGGCGAUUGCCGCAGAUAGAUGAUGAACCGGCGCGAGGUGUUGUAGUAGAUGUCUUUUCUUUAGGUCAGUAAUAAGCAAUACCAGCAACAAAAGCAAGUUCAAUUUCACAAAGUAACUUUUACCACACCGGCUCCCGUAAGGAGCCCGUACCUUCUAACGAUUCCUUCAAUCCCUUCGUUCGUCGUCCUGUCGCAAUUAGGGCGCGGGAGGAGAUUUUGAUGCCUGUCGCUUGAAAUACGACCCACGGACAGAGAGCAACAGCAGCUCGAUGGUAGAAAAAUGAAAGUGUAUUUAAUAAGAUCGUUACUCCGUUACGCGUUGAUCGUUCAUUCGUUCGAGGUGUGGGGGAGUUGCGUCUUCGACGUGCGGAUUAAAAGGAAAUAUUAGGGAACGGUUGGAAUCGAGACGUGGAAAAUAGUUAAUGGACGAACAAGCUAAUCGAACGGAAGGCGAGUGGAGGCAUAAAAAAAACAAUACAAACAAACAAACAAGAUCAUAUAUUUGAUUAAUUAGUGUUGCUCCAUGUAUUUUGGAUGAAUUUCAUGGAAUAAAGUGUAAAAAAGGACAAACUUCUGCAUGAUACCAAAAACAAUAAAAAAAACAUUGUAAAAAGCAAAAACGUUAAAAAAAUACUCACUGUUAAGUUAGUGUUUUAAGUUGUUGUAGAAAAAAGGUCUGUCUCUCUUUCACUCUAUCGCUCUUUUCUCUAAUGCACUCUAUCUCGAGAUCGUGCGCCUGCACAAGACGGACCAUGAAGUACCAUAAAUAUGUAGAGUUGUUGAGAUAUCGAGACAAGCUGGACACACAGCAGAGGGUCGAAAGAGAGGGCACCGAAAUGCAUACAUUUUAUUUAUUAAACAACACCUUUAAUGCCGUAUUAGUUUGUGGAAAAUUUAUAAAUGGAUGGUUUUCUAGCUGUACAUACACGUUUAUACACAUCCAAUGUCUAUAUUUAAGUACUUUGCGUACGGUUUUAUUAUUUUGUCGUUUGAUAUGCGUUUAUUUUUAUCCACUAUAUUGCUGGGCGAUUUUCAACUUCAAUUAAACUUUGCUUUCUAUACGUAUUGAUAAUAUUGAUUCAAAAUUCGAUUUAGACGUUUACUUUACAAGUUAGUGCUUUAUAAUCGAGAUUGAUUCUGUAUUUGCACUAUGCACUGGUCUAUGCCUUUCUGUUUGUACUAACCAAAAAAAAGCACACUUUCAUACACACACGAACACGUUUCACUGAUGCACAAGUUGAUGUUUAGUUGGAGAAGCAAAAUAUUAAUCGAGGCAGGUUGCUAGAACCAUAGUUUGGUACUCUAAACAGUGGACACGGAGUUAAUGGAGCGGAAGACACGGGAAGAGAUGUGUCUGGUCCUGUAUUUUAUGUGCGGAAAGGAACCAAAAACCAUGGUAACGAAAACAAUAGCCCUAAAUACGGACACCUAAUAGACCUUUGUGCACCAUUGCGCUCUACUAAUAGAGGAAACAAAAGAAGAGAAAAAACAAGAAAAAUACGGUAGAACAUAAAUGUAAACAAGAAAUAAGUACAUUGACAAGAGCAUGAUACAAACAAAAAAUAGAAGAAAAAAAAACAAAACAAACUUCAAAUAAACACAAAAAAAUCUAAAGAUAUAAGAUAAUUAAAGAGAAAAAACGCAUAAAAAUAA